UUUAAUAAAUUUAUAACUUUUCGUUUGAUAACUGCACACGUGGACUCCAGAAACUUCUUUUUCAUUUCACUCUCCUGGACUGGUCUUAAAAGUCUAAUCUAAUAUUAAAAAAUCAAAAUGGCUGAUGAAGACACUGCCCCAAUGGCCACAGAGGAACAGCCCACAGAGGAGCAGCCCACUGAGGAGCAGCCCACAGAGGAGCAGCCCACAGAGGAGCAGCCCACAGAGGAGCAGCCCACAGAGGAGCAGCCCACAGAGGAGCAGCCCACGGACACAGAUACCGCUCCUCCAGAGGAAUGGGGUCAGGACAUAUCACCGAACGGGGACGCUCAAGUUUUUAAAAAGAUUUUGAAAGAUGGGGAGGGAGACGAGACCCCAAUGAAAGGGAACGAAGUGUAUGUGCAUUAUACUGGACGACUCCUGGAUGGAACGGUCUUUGAUUCAAGCGUGGACAGAAAGGAAAUGUUUAACUUUAAACUUGGACAAGGGAGUGUGAUUAAAGGUUGGGAUGUAGGCGUGGCCACAAUGAAAAAAGGCGAGAAAUGUCUUUUGACAUGUAAACCGGACUACGCUUACGGAAAAUCUGGUGCUGGAGACAACAUUCCUCCUAAUGCAACCCUUCAGUUUGAAGUGGAGCUGUUCCACUGGGAUGGAGAAGAUGUGACAGGAGAUGAUGGAGUCGUAAUGUUCACUUUAAAGGAGGGAACUGGGCACAGGAAACCUACAGAGGGAUCAACUGUAAAUGUUCAUAUAAAGGGGAUGUAUGAAUCGAAAGUUAUUGAAGACAGAGAUGUGGAGUUUGAUCUUGGAGAAGGGUCUGAGUCUUCAGUCAUUGAAGGAAUAGAGAAAGCUUUAGCAAAGAUGAAAGAAAAAGAAGAAUGUAGGCUAGUUAUUCAGCCUGGCUAUGCUUAUGGGGCAAGUGGUAAUGAGGCUAAUGGCGUCCCUCCUAAUGCAGUUGUAACCUACUGGGUAACACUCAAUAGUUUCAUAAAGGCCAAAUCUUCCUAUGAGUACGAUGAUGUUAAAGAUAGGAUUACUGACAGCACAGCACUAAAAGAGAAAGGCUCCAAGUAUUUUAAAGAGUCAAAGUUCCCACUUGCUCUCAAGCUCUAUCAAAGAGGACUGGGAUUGGUGGAUAAGAGUGAUGAUGGAGAGGCAACAAAGGAGAUCAGAUUAAUCCUCCUCCUCAAUACAGCUCUCUGUCAAAUUAAACAAAACUUAGGAAUAGAGGCCAGAGAUAACUGUGAUAAGGUUAUUGAGGAAGAUCCAUCAAAUGUUAAGGCUCACUUUAGAAGAGGACAAAGUUAUCAGUUGAUGCAAGAUUACGAUGAAGCCUUGAAAUGUUUUCAGGAAGUUAUUAAGCUUGAUGCAAAGAACCGAUCUGCAGUCCAACAGGCUCAAAUCUGUCGGCAAAAGAUUCGUCAACAACUUGAAAAGGACAAGAAGAUGUAUGCCAGCAUGUUCAAGGGAACAUUAAGCACCGAAGAUGACGAGAGGAAGGAUCCUGAGAAAAAGAAAAUGGAAAAUGGCGAUGUGAAGGAAGACAGCAGUCCAGUGAAGGACACGAUUGCUCAAGCUGUUGAAGAGGAAGAAAGGGAGUCUGCUCCAGUGGAAGCAUGAGCUAGAAUGAGGACAAAAAAUAAUAAUAAGAUUGCUUAAAUUAGGAAAGUUAUAUUUUAUUUUGUUUUAUAUACUGGGACUUUUCUAGUUUUUGUUUUGAAUAUGAUUCAAAUUUUGUUGGGUUUACUGAG